UUUGAAGUUGAUAGUCUGGUCUGGUCUGGUACCUCCUUCGUUACACAUCUGAAACUGAUAGAAGUUAGUAUCUGGAAUUCACUCCACUUUACAUAGCAGUCUAGUCCUCCCCCCGAUUUUUUCUUCAUCCUUUCCUUUCAUCCAGGCAUUGCUUUCAUCCUACACCACACUAGAAUAUUCAGUCCUGGUCUUUGUAUCUACCCUCCAGUUAGUCGACAGUCAUUCAGUCAUCAGUCAGACUCAUACACCAGAAGAGCAACUACAACUACAACUACAACGACAGAACACCACGGACUUGAUACCCAACACCACCUUACUGAACACCUUCACCUCCACCAGCCCAAUAACCAACACCUAACACCCAAACAACCCCAACCUCAGCUCACAAAAUGCCACCACCCCCCCGAACCCCCGAAAACUACACCCUCCGCGUAACAGCCGGUCCAACCUACGACCUCGCCACCCAUGUCGAGAUUCCCAUCAACUCCCCUCACCUAACCCACAUAUCUUCUCCUUCUUCUUCUUCUUCUUCGACCACGGAAGCAGGGAUGGACAUCGACCUCACCGUGCGCAUCCAAAACUAUCACCGCGGUUUACCGAGGAACUCCCCCUCUACUUCUCCCUACUUUGACAGGGAGCCGCAUAGGUAUAAUAGGGAUCAGUACAGUAUCGGAUUGAGAUUUAGGCCGCGGCGGCCGGGGACGUCGACUGAACCUACCUCUGCUAAACCUGCUGGGGAUGAUGGGCAGGAGCGGGAUGGCGCCGGCGAGAAUGGGGAGAAGGAUAUGAACGAAAAGGACGGAAUCCCAGCGACAGACCUCCAAUUCGGCAACGACUUUGACCACCCUAUCCGAAACUACCUGCCGCCGGGCGUCAACACGGCAAUGAACAUCCUCAAGUGGUGGAUCGACCCCGGACUCGAAGGGGAUGCGUAUGCGGACCAGCCAUAUUUGUAUGGACCGGCGCUGUCGAGUUUUAAUGCUGUUAGGGUGGGGAAGGGGGAGGAAGAUGAGAGUAAGGGGGGGUUGUGGGUGGAGGAGGGGGCGUCCGAUUCGGAAGGGGAAUCUGAGUUCGAUGCUAAUUCUGACGACGACGACGACGACGACGACGACGGCAGGAACGAUAAGGCUACGGAAACCGGGGAUGCAGAAGGACAUGGACAUGGACAUGGACACGGGCACGAGAAGGAGAAGGAGAAGAAGAAGCAUAAAAAAGGAAAUGGGAGGAAAUCAGGUAAACAGUGGAGAGAAGAGGUCCUUGCUGGCUCGGGAGUCGGGAACGAUGCCAAGAAACGCCAAAAGUGGGCGUUGAAGGAGGAUGCGAAAACGAAGUGGGUGUGGGAGUAUGGGCGCACGUAUGCGGUCGAUUUCUAUAAUCCGUAUAUCGAUUUCGGCAAGUGCGAGCUCAAGUUACCGGGUUUUGGGGUUAAUGUUUUGAGGUACUGGGAUGGGGAGACUGGGUUGCGAUACGUCCUCCGCAACCGCCUCACCAAAAAACCCUACCUCGUCAUCCUCUUCACCCUCUACCCAAACGACAUGGUAAACGAAGACGGCACGCUCAAGUCCGAGGCGUUGAAAGUGACGGCUAGGGCUAGUGGAGGAGAGAAAGAUGAGCAGGUGAACUAUGGAGAGAAAGAGGCCGUGGAUGGAGGCGACAAGUUUGAUGCGGACAAGGCAGUUGAGGAGGCCAAGAGCAAGUUGGAGGGUGUUACCUUGGGUGCGGGUGAGGGUCCAAGGGGAGGUGCAGGUGUUGGCGCGGCUGAUGAUGAUGUCGAUUGAGAUGGUGAUUAAGUAGCCAUGUUCUUGGAGGGGUGGGAUCGGGGGGGAGGAGAAUGAGUGAGACUUGGAGCCUAAGCCGGGUGUCAGUUAUUAGAAGUUAAGGACGUUGAGUUAUCUCUACGUCUUCUAACCGCUUACUAGUCACCACCUGACUCUACACGCUUCCCGGUAAAAGCGGCUCUUUGUUUGAUAAAGUCAUGGAGUCACUGAAUUAUCCUCAUCUCCCCUUCUUUCUCUCCCAUUUUAAGGAAAGAUAAGCCUGGACUACGUAUCUACGCCCAAUGCUGUAUCUGACGAUUUCCUUAACUAAGACUACCCCACAG